GUCUUGGGGUAAAAGAUGAGCGCAAACUUGUUUGGUUUGUUUAAUCUGUGAUGUGAUAAGCUUGGGUCUGACAGUCUUGGCUGUUCGGGGGGGGGUUUCUUCUCAGUCUCUCAGCUGGACUUCAGUUCAUGCAGUGCACGCUGAUCCCACCGUGCAGCCUCUCGCUUAUUCAGCACUUCCCACCACAGAGCAGCCUAGUCAGUAGUCUCUGUCAGUCUUUGCCAGCCAGGGAUGUGGGCUGGGGUCGAGCACAGGAGCGCCACUUUUUUUUUUAUAGACUUUGGUCUUAUUUUAUACUGUAGUUUUUUAUUGUAACGCGAGAAGACACUUUCCGUUUGUUAUUUGCUACACUGACCAUAACAGCACUAAUUAACCCUCUGAGAAUAACCUGCUUCUGGCUGGUAAAUGAUGUUAAAAGCAGCCUAAACUCCGCCAAGCGUUUCAGUUUAGUAGUAAAUUGACUCUCGCUGAAAGCCACGCGAGAGUGGCGCUUCUCCUCGCCUUCGUCACCUGGAAACCACAGGACCUCACGAGACCCUGCGACAGGUGUGAACCCGAGCACGCGCUAUGGAUGAUUCUGGGAUCAUCCGAAGACGGAGGCUGCAGAAGGAUCUACCUCUGCCACGAAAAAGUAGCAGUUGCAGAACCAGUAACCGGAAAAGCCUCAUCCUGACCAGUACGUCGCCCACCCUGCCACGGCCGCACUCCCCACUGCCUGGACACAUAGGAAGCAGUCCGUUGGACAGCCCGCGCAACUUCUCACCAAGCGGACCUGCCCACUUUUCCUUCGCCUCCUCUCGCAGGGCUGAUGGUCGUAGAUGGUCCUUGGCUUCUCUGCCUUCCUCAGGAUAUGGCACCAACACACCCAGCUCAACAUCAUCAAGCUCGUCCCAGGAGCGUCUGCACCAGCUGCCCUUCCAGCCGACCAUGGACGAGUUGCACUUCCUGUCCAAGCACUUCGGCAGCACAGAGAGCAUCACAGAUGAUGACGGGGGCCGACGCUCGCCGCACGUCCGCCCUCGCUCUCGAAGCCUCAGCCCGGGGCGCUCUCCAUCCUGCUAUGACAACGAAAUAGUGAUGAUGAACCAUGUCUACAAGGAGCGCUUCCCCAAGGCAACGGCUCAGAUGGAGGAGAGACUGGCAGAGUUCAUCCAGAACUACUGCCCAGAGAGCGUUCUGCCACUGGCCGACGGGGUCCUCAGCUUCAUCCACCACCAGGUAGCCGAGCUGUCCAGGGACUGCCUGACAAAAUCACGCGAGGGUCUCAUCACCAGCGUCUACUUCUGCGAACUGCAGGAGAACCUGGAGAGGCUGCUGCAUGACGCCUAUGAGCGUUCCGAGAGUUCCGAGCUCACCUUCGUCAUUGAGCUGGUCAAAAAGCUCUUCAUCAUCAUAUCUCGUCCAGCCAGGCUCCUCGAGUGUUUGGAGUUCAAUCCUGAAGAGUUUUACCACCUGCUGGAGGCAGCGGAGGACCACGCCAAGGAGGGACAACUGAUGAAGGCGGACAUCCCUCGAUACAUCAUCAGCCAGUUGGGGCUGACCAGAGACCCACUGGAGGAAAUUGUGAGCCUCGACAGCUACGACAGUGAGGGUCCACAUACUCCGGAGACCGACGACUCAGCAGAGGGAAAAGGGAAAGCCAUCAAGCCGCCGAGUGAAGAAGAUUUUCAGAGCAUCAAACUGAUCAGUAAUGGAGCUUAUGGUGCUGUCUACCUGGUGCGCCAUAGGGAGACGCGUCAGCGUUUUGCCAUGAAGAAGAUCAACAAGCAGAAUCUGAUCCUGAGAAAUCAGAUCCAGCAGGCGUUCGUAGAGCGAGACAUCCUCACCUUUGCAGAGAACCCGUUCGUCGUCUCCAUGUUCUGUUCCUUUGAAACGCGAAGACAUCUUUGCAUGGUCAUGGAAUAUGUCGAGGGUGGUGACUGUGCCACUUUGUUGAAGAACAUUGGAGCUCUGCCUGUGGAGCUGGCAAGGAUGUACUUUGCCGAGACGGUUUUAGCGCUGGAAUACCUGCACAACUACGGCAUUGUUCACAGAGACCUCAAACCUGACAAUCUUCUGAUCACCUCCAUGGGACACAUCAAGCUCACAGACUUUGGUUUGUCGAAGAUGGGUCUGAUGAGCCUCACCACCAACCUGUAUGAGGGACACAUUGAAAAAGAUGCCAGAGAGUUCCUGGAUAAGCAGGUGUGUGGUACUCCAGAGUACAUCGCUCCAGAGGUGAUUCUCCGUCAGGGAUACGGAAAACCGGUGGAUUGGUGGGCCAUGGGCAUCAUCCUCUAUGAGUUCCUGGUGGGCUGUGUGCCUUUCUUUGGAGACACCCCGGAGGAGCUGUUUGGACAGGUCAUCACAGACGACAUCGUUUGGCCAGAUGGUGACGAGGCGUUGCCUGCAGAUGCCCAGGCUCUCAUUUCUGCCCUGCUACAGACCAACCCGCUUGUGAGGUUGGGUACAGGCGGAGCGUUUGAGGUGAAGCAGCACUCGUUCUUCACUGAGCUGGACUGGAACAGUUUGCUGAGGCAGAAGGCAGAGUUCAUCCCCCACCUGGAGUCAGAGGAGGACACCAGCUACUUUGACACGCGCUCCGAUCGGUAUCAUCACAUCAAUACGUAUGACGAGGAUGACACCAAUGACGACGAGCCGGUGGAGAUCAGACAGUUCUCCUCCUGCUCUCCUCGCUUCAGCAAGGUGUACAGCAGCAUGGAGCAUCUGUCUCAGCUGGAACAGAAGGCUACGACCUCUGUGUCCCGUCGGGAGCACAAGGGCCCACGGGAGGACAAGGUGACCAAGAGAGAGAGCCUGGGCAGCUUCAGCAUGAGAGACAAGAGCUGGAGGACGGGUUCCCCCGAGAUGAAGCGCCUGUCUUGUUCAGAGUCCCUCUACAUGGAGGGGGAUGCCAGCCCUCCUCUCGGUGCUCGCCGACGCUUCUCAGCACUCAUGGACACACAUCGUUUCGCCUCACCCCAGGAUGGUGAGCCGGACUUCCUGUCCCGCCAGGCACCCAUCAAGGUCCGUGGAACCUCGCUGGAUGGAACAAGUGCCCCCUCACCGAGCCUCCUGGAGCAGAGGAACAGUCUGAAGGAGAUCAAUGGAGCAGAUAAAUCCCCGAGACAUGGAGAUACACCGGGAGUUACCACGUCUGUCGCCACAUUAUCCCCAGGUCCUGCAACAGCCGGUCGUGAUGUGAUGACUCCUCUGUAUGACCCUCUGGGGGCCCGGGCCACCAAUGACCUUGUCCUCCGCAGGGCACGCCAUCAGCAUUUGUCUGGUGAUGGAGAGAAACGCAACUCCAGACCUGGAAACAAGGUCAUCAAGUCAGCCUCUGCCACAGCCCUGUCUGUCAUCAUACCAUCAGUGGAGCAGCACGGCGGCUUCUCUCCACUGGCCAGUCCCAUGUCUCCCCACUCCUUCUCCUCCAACCCCUCGUCCCGGGACUCUUCACCCAGCAGAGACUUCUGCCCGGCAGUCAGCGUGCUGCGCUCUCCCAUCACCAUCCAUCGCUCUGGAAAGAAGUACGGCUUCACUCUCAGGGCCAUCAGGGUCUACAUCGGAGACAGUGAUAUCUACAGCGUGCAUCACAUUGUUUGGCAUGUGGAGGAUGGCGGCCCCGCCCAGGAAGCUGGCUUGUGUGCCGGUGACCUCAUCACCCACGUCAACGGGGAGCCUGUCCACGGUCUGGUCCACACUGAAGUGGUGGAGCUUAUUCUCAAGAGUGGAAACAAGGUGACGGUGACCACCACGCCUUUUGAGAACACCUCCAUUAAAGUGGGUCCUGCCCGCAAGGCCAGCUACAAGUGUAAGAUGGCCCGACGAAACAAGAGGACCAUGGGCAAGGACGGCCAGGACAGUAAGAAGCGUAGCUCCUUGUUCCGUAAGAUCACAAAGCAGUCCAAUCUGCUGCACACCAGCCGCAGCCUGUCCUCUUUGAAUCGCUCCCUGUCAUCAAGUGAGAGUCUUCCUGGCUCCCCGACUCACAGUUUGUCUGCCCGCUCCCCGACUCAGGGCUACCGCUCCACCCCUGAGCCUUCAUACCUGGGUGCUUCCUCCCAGAGCAGCUCCCCGGCCUCCAGCACUCCAAACUCCCCCGCUCCCUCUCAGCACAUGAGGCCCAGCUCGCUGCACGGCCUCUCCCCUAAACUCCACCGCCAGUAUCGCUCUGCACGUUGUAAGUCUGCAGGUAACAUCCCCCUGUCCCCGCUAGCACACACACCCUCCCCUACCCAGUCUUCACCUCCGCCAUUGCCCGGCCACACUGUCGGGAGCUCCAACACCACCCAGUCCUUUCCCGUCAAGCUCCACUCCUCGCCGCCAGUGGUUCGUCCCAGGCCCAAGAGUGCUGAACCCCCUAGAUCGCCUCUUCUCAAACGGGUGCAGUCAGCAGAGAAGCUGGGCUCGCCUCUGACCCAGUCCAGCUCUACGGGAGGGCUGGGGGGUCCGCUGAGGAAGCACAGCCUGGAAGUGCAGCACUCUGAGUACCGUAAGGACGCCUUCCUCUGUGAGCUCGGGCUCCAGAGCCUGCUGGAGACGGAGGGAGAAAAUCUGCCACCUAAUCCUCCACCCCUGCCCUCAUCCUCUACCACCCCAGAGACCGGAGUCCUAAAGCCUGUGAGGAGACUCGGGAGACAGGAGUCACCGCUGAGCAGGGAGACACUGCUGGCUGGGAGAGAGAGAGAAGAGAGGGAGAGAGGACGGGAAAGGGAGAAGGAGAGGGAGACUGACACCGGGGCAGUCCUGGAGAGAUUGAGUCGGGUUGGAGCAACAGUAUCGCAGUCAUCCUUAACAAGAAAACCUCAUACAAGUGAGCUGCCGUUUAGCUCCCAGGCUGGUCACACCUCCAGACUAAGUGCAGAAACCACUAAAGCCACAACUGCUAGCACCCCUACCAAAACAACAGGAAGCUUAGGUGGUCAGAAAGGACCUGAAAAGAUCUCAGAGAGUCUGACAAACUCAAUGUCAAAACAGCAAGACCUCAAGACCGCCAAAAGUGUGUUAACUAACAGUAAAGAGGAGCUGUGGGGCAGAACUGAACCAAAGCAGGAGGCAGACAGCCAGAGUAGGCCUAGCGUACCUGGUGCUGCCUUCCCCAAGAGCUCAACUCCAGAUAAACACAUCAGCAUCAACGCCACAGUGAAAGCACCUCCUUUGGGCAUGAAUAAAACCUUUAAACCAUCAGGGAUUGGGGACAGCCUGAGAAAGACUGGGGCAGAGAGCAGCGACUCAAGAACUCCAGACUUCGGCUCCAAAAGCCCCAAACUCCCGGCUCGCGUUCUCGCUCCCGUCGUCCCCCCACAUGGGCAGCCGCUCUCGCUUGGCAAGGUGAGGCAGGGACUCGGGCCCGUCAACUGCUAUCGAGGAACGCUUGACUGGGAGGACAAAUGUCGCCUGGAGGUCGUGGAGGAGCACUCGCCUUCCCCCUCUCCCUCACCAACAGCCGUCACCCCGUCCCUCUGCGGUCCUUCCCUCUGUAAAUCUCGGCCUGUCUCCCCUGGCGACAAGACGAGCUUCGUCAGCCAGCUGACCACUGUGGCCAAAAACGUCCUUGGGCCAAUCAAGCUUGGCUCCCAGGAGGGAUCCAAGAGCAAAGACCAGCAGACUAAAGCAGCGGAGGAGAGGCAGGGAGGCACAGCGGGGAAGUCUGACUCUCCCGCUGGAGGUCGAGCGGUCGUAGGGGCUGCAGUUGUGACCCAAAGUCCUGCUGGCUCGCCACUAGAGAGAGCUGCAACAGGUAGUAGCCAGGGGAAAAUGUGACCCAAUGGAGUCCCAAAAUGGGACUUUAAUAAAAUAAAAAUUGAAAAAAGCCU